AUGUCUGACCUUCAACAAAACACUAAGGCGGCAUCCAAGACCAAGAGCAAGAGACGAACCUGGGUGCAAGAAAGACGACAGAAUCAGAUCGAGAGAAAAUUGGCAGAGGAGGACACGAUCUCUAGCAUGCCAACUCAAGUCUUCGAUGGUGCUCUGCGCAGAGCAAGCGUCCAAGGCAUCCAUGCCACUCUCAUGACUCCACCCCUUGAGCCUGAGGAGACUAAGAGCUGCCCACCUUCUGCUCUUCGCCACAUUGACAACCCACCUGCUGCCAAAUCUUCAAUCUCAGAGAGCGUCAAAAUUGCACCACAACUUCCAGACGCCAUGGAGGCCGCCUCGCAGACAGUCCCCGGAAUCAUGAUUGACACCGGCUUGACUGCUGCAAGCUACGCCGUAGACACCACUAGACGCGCCACUACCACAAACACCACGAGAAGCACCACAACUCCCGGCAUGAGCGAACAUCAAACUUUUGCUACUCUGGCCGAGCACAAGUUCUUCAUUCCACCAACUGCUUCGCUCGACGCCUCUUCACUUAUCCUGUUCAAACACGACGCACCAUCUCUUGAGCGCUUCCGCCUGCUCCACAAUCAACUGUUCAUCGAGCUUGGCCGUGUGGUUGAAGAGCAACUACAGCCUCCUGCAUUUCCCGAGACCAACACCGAGGCAUACGCACAGAAAGAGAGACUGAUGUUGGGAUUGUUGACUGAGGUUGUUCCGGCAUUGAACCAUCUGACCGAGAGGGUUGGUAAGGAGAUCAAGUCUAGUAUGGAGAAGCAUGAGGCAGGAUUGAGAUUGUGGGCUGGAGAGAGAAAGCAGAAGGAGGAAAGCCCUUGA